CGGCCGUGUUCAAACUUGGUAUACAACGAGCCGCGUGUUUAUUGCGGUCAAGUCGCAUCCUAUCCUUUCAAUGCCACACUCACCCCCGGUGUAAACUCAUCUACCGCCCCUUAUCGAUGCACAUACAAUCUAUUAAAGGCCCAUGCAGGAGCCGUCAAGGCAUUCCGAGAAAUAUGACUAUCGACGAAAUAACUUAUGACGUCGAUCGUCAUAACCCUCUGAGUGGGGGCUCAGAGAUCGCCUUUAAAAAUGACGAUUACAUCACACCCUGGAGAAGCAACUCUACUGAGGACGCACUUGCCGUCAAACGCCAUGCAGCAUUCCAAAUUGGCAUCUUCUCAAACCCCGUAUGUACAACAGGCGAUUGGCCUGACAUUGUCAAGGACACCCUUCCCUCCGAGUAUCUCCCGCGCUUCACUGACCAGGAAAAGAAGGACAUCCUCGGCUCCGCGGAUUUCUUCGCCAUCGAUUCCUACCGCUCGCAAUGGGUAAGCGCCCCGGCAGAAGGAAUCGACGCAUACGUAGCAAAUACUUCCCACCCCUUGUGGCCCGUCUGUAACGAACCUGUACUGUUCGACUCGGAUUACGGCUGGGCUAUAGGUCCUGCUGCUGACCCAUUGGCUACCUGGCUUCAGGCAACACCAGUGGCCAUUCGUCCUUUGCUGAAGGACCUCCACUCUCGAUGGCUGAGUAAUAAAUUGCAUGUUUCCGAGUUCAGCUUCGCGGAGCCUUACGAAAACGAGAAAACGGACUUGUCGCAAAUAAAGGAGGACGUGGACCGAACGAACUACUUCCUCACGUAUCUCGGCGAGAUGUUGCUAUCCAUACACGAAGAUGGGGUUCCGAUACAGGGUGCUUUCGCUUGGGCAAGUGGAACGUCCGUCAGAUUCGGUAUUCAGCACGUCAAUUACACGACACUAGAACGGACGUACAAGCAUUCGGCGCAGUCCUUGGCGGAAUUCUUUGCGUCGCACCUUCAAGAUUGAGUUCUGUGU